CAACGGGCCACUUUCGGUUCAACGUUGUAUUUCACUUUCCUGAGUCAUGAUUCCAUACAUUCCUUCUCCAUUCAAACGGCAGAACAAAAUUAAACUCUAAAAAUUGGAAUUGGAUUGGAUGGCUAGGAUUAAGUUGGGCUGAGAAUUGGGCCUGGGUUGGCCCACAACUUACACCGUAUUAUUCAAGCCAUGCCGAUGAUUGCACUGAAUCAAUUCCUCCCCAGUAGUUAUUUACCGAAAAAAAUUCCUCCCCGUCUUUUUGCUUUUGUCUUUUUUCUUGGGGAUACACCGGCUCCGAUAGGCGAAGGGCCAUUAUCAAUAUGUCGUUCGAGUCGACUGGAUUCAAACCGGCAUUCCCCGGAAAAUCAACGCCCCUAGAACCUUAACCGGUCACCUCAAUUGGAUCUAAAUAAUAGAAGGCCACGUGUACGAAAAACCGCCACCAAGCAAUCUCGGCCCACUCUCUCUUCCUUGAUAUCAUCCGCGUAUCGGAAAAAUUUCUCCUACUCUUCACUCCGCAGGAGAGAAGACACGACGCCUCUCUGAACACGGGCCUGAUUUCUCCCAUCGCCGGUAAAUGGUGGCCUCCGCCGGGAAUCCGCUUCGGUCGUUGUUGGGAUUCGGAGUCUGGGUACAGGGGUUCCGAUGCUUCCCGUGGAUGGGCGUGAAUUUCUUCCUCAAAGACGGGCUCAAUGUCGACCCCUCCACGCUUCAGCUGUUGCAGAACUCUGCCAACCUUCCGAUGGUCGGAAAGCCUCUUUACGGAAUCGUCUCCGACGCCAUUUACAUUGGAGGCCAGCACAGGAUCCCUUACAUCGUCAUUGGAGCUCUUGUGCAGGCAGUGUCUUGGUUAGCCAUUGCUCUCUUACCCUCGUCAAGCAUCUCAGUCUUCACAGUUACUCUCCUCCUCCUUCUCAGCAAUCUUGGUGCAGCAAUUGUUGAGGUUGCCAAUGAUGCCCUUGUUGCCGAGGCAGGAAAGCAACCGAAAUCUACCAAUAAGUCACGAUCAUCUUCAUCUGGUGAGCUUCAGUCAUUUGUUUGGACGGCAGCCUCUGUAGGUGGAAUCCUUGGUAACCUCAUAGGUGGCUUAUCUAUCGACCGGUUCUCUCCUCAAACUAUGUUUCUUGGAUUUGGUAUUAUCCUGAUUAUCCAGCUCCUCAGAACACUUGCAAUCCGAGAAAGCUCACUGAACCUCCCCAAGAAUUCAUCCAAUAAUGGCAUCCGUAAACAGCUCUCGGUCCUAUUAGUUGCAUUGCGUAAGCCAGAGAUUGCAUAUGCAAUUGCAUGGUUUGCAGCAUCUCAUGCUGUUAUCCCAGUCUUAACAGGCACAAUGUUCUUCUACCAAAUAGAGCAUUUGAAGCUUGACUCAUCAGUGCUGGGAUUGUCGAAGGUGUUUGGACAAGUGGCAAUGCUUCUAUGGAGCAUAAUCUAUAAUCGACAAUUGAAAUCAGUCCGACCAAGAAAACUAAUUUCAGCUGUUCAGGUCACCCUGGCUGUUUUCAUGUUAUCUGAUGUGUUAUUUGUGAAGGGAUUUUACCGUGAGAUGGGUGUGCCAGAUUCAUUAUAUGUAGUGAUCUUCUCAGGAUUGCUGGAAGUCCUUUUCAUAUUCAAGGUACUUCCAUUCAGUGUCUUGAUGGCACAACUCUGCCCACCAGGCUGUGAGGGGUCUCUGAUGGCCUUUGUCAUGUCUGCUAUUGCACUUGCCUUCAUUAUUAGCGGGUAUCUUGGUGUUGCACUUGUAACAUAUGUCGGCAUCUCUGAUCAGGACUUCUCAGCACUGCCAAAGGGCAUUCUGAUACAAACUGCAUUUACAUUGCUGCCACUAUUUUGGAAUUCAUGGAUCCCAGAUGAUGUCAAAGUUCAGAAGAAGAAAAACUAGCCUUGGGGACCAUAAGAGCCAAGGUGCGUAAAGCAGUGUAAGGGCUUUUAUCUUUUUUUUUUUUAAUUUUUAAGUUUGUUAUUUCAAUACAAAAAUCCAUUUUUUUCACAUUUAUAAAUAAAUAUAAGACAUAUUUCCUACAAUACCCUCUAGAGAAUACUCCUUGAGGACCAAUGAUCAGAGUAACUAUUUCUGGUUCAAUUGUGUACCUCCUAAGGCUGAGGGUGUAAUCCUUUCCCACACUCUUUUCCUAUUCUAUUUAUUUUGUAAUUUCAGUUGGGCAUUUUCACCAACUCCAGGAUUAGGAGUCUGAAUAUUCUAUAGAGAGGACUGGUAAAUGAAUACAUGGGCUAUUUUCUCAUUACA